GGCGAUAAUGAAUUUACGGCGCGCGCUGUUCAGUCUGCAGAGGGAGAACGGGCUGUGACGUCAGCUCUCGACUGAAUUAAAUCAGCUGACUCUCUCGUUCCUCACGGAUCAUCUCACCAUAGGAUCUGGACACAAGACCGUCUCAUUAUCUGAGACUCAUUCAAAAUGGAUUUCUCCAAGCUACCCAAGUUCCAAGAUGAGGAGCGGGAGGGAGCAUUUGGAUAUGUACAUGGUGUAUCUGGACCUGUGGUGACGGCCUCCAGUAUGGCGGGAGCUGCCAUGUACGAGCUGGUGCGAGUGGGUCACUGUGAGCUUGUGGGAGAGAUCAUUAGGCUGGAGGGUGACAUGGCCACCAUUCAGGUCUAUGAAGAGACAUCUGGUGUUUCCGUUGGUGACCCUGUCCUGCGCACAGGAAAACCUCUCUCUGUGGAGUUAGGGCCAGGAAUCAUGGGCUCAAUCUUUGAUGGUAUUCAGCGUCCCCUCAAAGACAUCAAUGACCUCACUCAAAGUAUCUACAUUCCCAGAGGAGUCAACAUUGGUGCCCUUAACCGUGAUCUGAAAUGGGAGUUCACGCCAUCCAAGAACUUGCGUGUAAGUGAAUGA